AUGCUCCUCGCCGCGUGCUGCCUGCAUUGAAGCCACAGGGACCCUCAGAAGAGUGGGAUGGCCACCGCGAGCAGGAGUCCUCCGAGACCGCGAGCGUUGCUCUCUCCGCUGAGGCUGCUGUUGUUGCUGCUGUUGCUGAAAUGCUGUCUCCUCGCGGCCGCCCGGAAGGACAAGGGGGCGGCUGGUAGGGAGGCGGGCCCAUUCUCGGGCCCCACGGGCGGUUCCUCGGGUCGCUUCGUGAGCCCAGAGAAGCACGCGUGCAGCUGGCAGCUCUUGGUGCCGGCCCCGGGGACACCGACGGGCGGCGAGCUGGUCCUGAGUUGCAAGGCCCCGGGCGGGGCUCGCCUGCACUGCGCCUACCGCGGGCAUCCGGAGCGCUGCGCGACCUCGGGCGCCCGGCGCUCGCACUACUGGAAGCGGCUGCUGGGCGCACUGCGCAGGAGACCACGACCCUGCCUAGACCCCGAGCCGUUGCCACCGCGUCUGUGCGCCCGCAAGAAGGUAGGCUCCGAGCUACAACCGCCCGCGCGCCCCACCCUGUCCGCGCGUUCCGUCGAGCAGACACGGGCCAGAGCGCGGAGCCGGGCUCGGCAGCGACAGCAGGUGUUGUCCCCGAGCUCGCCGCCGUCCGGGGAGAAGCCUUCGAGGGCGAAGACCAGAGUGGGCCGGAGGAAGGUGGGCUCGGACCCGGUCCCAGAGCCUCCCGCGGUGGUAGGGCUCCAGCCAGACGGACUGGAUCAGAAUGCCCAACUCAUUGAGACCUACUGCACCGAGAAGUGGCACUCCCUCUGCAACUUCUUUGUCAAUUUCUGGAAUGGCUGAUGCUGCGGUCCUCGAGGGGGGCACCAGGGCCAGGUGCUGCAGAGCAGUGGGCAGUGCAGCCGCAGGCGGGAGGCUCGGGGCGUCUUAGACAGUGGGAACAGGGACGGCGAGUAGGCAGGAGUCCAGAUUCCAAAAUAGGGUACGGGUCAGGGUGGGGAGAAUCUGAGACAGCAGAGGAAGAAACGUUCUUGAAACAUCUCAAUUUUGAUUUAAGAGCAGAAGCAAUAGUGGAAACGGAUAGGUUUUUAUUACGUUUGCAAAAACUGUAGACUAGGGAGAGAAGCUGAGAAUAGGGGGAAUGAAGUCACUAAAGAGGUGCGAAUCUCUCCUGUGAAGUAGGAGACGAUGUAUAUUAACACAUUAUUAUUAAAAUGUAAUUGUAAGAACCUGAGCCAGGUUGAAUUGUUCAAAGUCUUCUUGGUUAUUCAGCUGACUGAUUAGUUUUUCUCCCCACCCCCUUUUCUGGAUUGUUAUGAACUCUGGGUGUGACAACAUCACAUUUUCUAUGUGGAUUGAAGCCUUAUGGGUACAAAAUAAAUCCAGGAAUGGAUUAUUAGGACAAUUGCUUUUCAGUUCCUUUAACAUUGCUUCUUUGAAACUGAAUUUUGAGACUACCUAAAAUCAGUGAGUUCAGUGCUCUCUAGAUUUCCAAAUACAAACAAAAGUCCCCAACUCUUUACUUUUUAUCGCUCUUUUGAAACUCAGAUAAAAUGUAGACAUGUAGACAUGUAUCUCAGUUGUUUGGACCCUUAUCGCCUGUGUAACUAAAUUAAUUUUUUUCUUUUUUAAUAUGAUGUAA